GUCCCCUGGGGGCUAGAAGGGGGGGGGAUGAGCCCUCAGGUGUUAGAACUGAGUCAGUUUCCCUCAAGGGAGGGCCGAGCCCCCUCCUCGCGCGUGCGGCUGCGCGCCUGCGCUCUCCGUUCCCUCGCUCGGGUUGACCGGCGGGAGAGGCUGCGGCUGCGCGGGGUGGGGCGGGCUUGUGCGCGGCUGCCGGAGGCCGGCCGGCUCGGGGGGAGCGGGCAGGAUGGCCGGCGUCGCCCUGUGUCUGGUCUCUACGCUGGGCGGUUACCUCCUCACCUCGGCGCUGCUGCUCAAGUGCCCGGGACUGCUGCACCGGCCCAAGCGGCAGCGCUUCCGCUGCCGGCACAUCUCCCACCGCGGCGGUGCUGGAGAGAACCUGGAAAACACAAUGGCAGCUUUUCGCCAGAACUCCCACCAUAUCUCUGCAAAUUGGAUGUCACCUUUCAGAAAGAAUGCCACUGUGAGGGUGAAGACAAUCGCAUUCCACUGCUGAAGGAGGUGUUUGAGGCAUUUCCAAAUACUCCAGUCAACAUUGACAUCAAAGUGAACAACAAUGUGCUGAUUAAAAAGGUUUCAGAGUUGGUGAGCCAGUACAAACGAGAACAUUUGACAGUGUGGGGCAAUGUCAAUUAUGAGAUUGUGGAGAAGUGUCAUAAAGAGAAUGCUGAUAUUCCUAUCCUUUUCUGUUUGAAACGUGUCCUGCUUCUUGUUGGCUUGUUUUACACUGGUCUGCUGCCAUUCAUUCCCAUCAGGGAGGAAUUCUUAGAAAUUCCUAUGCCCUCAAUCAUCCUGAAGCUGAAAGAACCAGAGAAGAUGACGAGAAGCCAAAAAUUUGUUAUCUGGCUUGCUGAUGUAUUGUUAAUGAGGAAAGCAUUGUUUGAUCACCUUACUGCUCGAGGCAUUCAGGUGUAUAUUUGGGUACUGAAUGAAGAACAAGAAUAUAAGAGAGCAUUUGAUUUGGGAGCAACUGGAGUGAUGACAGACUAUCCAACAAAGCUUAAGGAGUUUUUACACAAUUAUUCAGCAUAAAGGGGAACAAAAAAAUCAAGCAAGACCCUACAAAGUGGACAGAGUGAGCCAAGGAUUUCAUUCCUUCAUCAGAAUUUUUUAGCACUACAUGGAUAAAUCACUUGCCCAAUGGUGAAAGAUGUAAUCAGCUGGGUUAUAUUACCUCACUCUUAAAUCAUUACAUGAUGUAGAGAUUGUAUACAGUUUUAUUUAUUUAAAAUUUUAAUACCAUAGUUUACAUUUGUAAAUAGAUUGUUUAGCAAGCGUACACUAUACUGAUGGUGAUGUAUAGAAAGAAGGCUGUGGAUAAGGGUACUUGUAAAUAAUAUGCAGUAUUUUAUCUAUUACAAGUUCCCAUACCCAGACAUCAAGAAAUAGCAUUUGGAAACUAUUCCUGUCAAAUGCUGUUGGAUAGAGAUUAAUAACUGGCACUGCGUCAUUGUAUUUACAUCUCAUUGAUUGAACUGGCUGUUGAUUUCCAGGUGAUCUGCAUUGAGGAAAAGAAACUAGCACAUACGAAAAGUAAGAAGUUGGAUCUGUGGAUAUCUGGACAGAUUACCCUGCAAAGUGUAGUCAGUAAAGGUAGUAACUUACAGUAAUGUAUUUUGACUAAAACUAAAUCCUUAGACCAACAUAGCUUUACUUAAUUGCUUUUAUUAAUGAGAAUGUUGGGGUUAGUCUCCAGCUAUAAUUUGGACCCCUUUUUGGUGUAAUAAUAUCCAGUUUAGUCAAUAAAUCAUAGUACAGUAUUUUUAGAAUCUAGCCCUGCCUUCUGGAAUUAUCAUAUUGUUAUGUUACUCUUUUUUUUUUAAUUAUUAUUGACAAGGGAUGACUUUUUUUUGCCUAAAUCUGAAUUUAUAAACCAAUUUUACUGCUGUAAUAUUGAAAAGGUAGUUGUUUCCAGACUUGUAGUAUAAAUUGCAUAUAUUUGUAUAUCUUCAUUAAUUAGUUUAGGUUAAACUUGAAAGGUGCUAAAGAUGAAAAAUCCACAAAAGGAUUCAUUUCUCAGUUUUCUUUCAGAUAUUUUUUUAAUAAUCUUUACCACAAUCAGACCCCUGUAGUUCUGGCUUGAGGUACAGUAGGGCUAAUCUGGAAUGAGUAACAGAGCAAGUGUAGCUCAUUUGGUAGAUAAUACCCACAAUGCUACCUGGGCAAUUCAUUAGCCAAUUUUCCAGAAAAGGAGGGUUGCACUUACCAUUGACUGAGGAAAACAGAAUUCAGUACUGUGUGUAAAAUCUUUACAAAAGAAAAAUAAAUGUUUUUUAGAUUCCCCCCCCCCCCCCCCCCCCCCCCACCACCGUAGUUCCAAAAGGAUUUGGAGAUAUUUUUAAAACUGAAUUCUGGCAUUCUGUUGAUGCCUAAUUUGAGGGCCUCUUGGGGAGUAAUAUUGAUAGCAGAGGAAUUCUGAGAUACGUUAAUCUCACUCUCUGCACCAAUUUUGUUGAAUAUAUCUGCAUAAAGAUUUAGCACAGGAAUUAAUUGCUUGACUGAGAUGUUAACACACAAUCUCCAUUGGGUUGAUGGAUUGGAAAUCAUAUUUAAUGUGAGGAACCAAAGAUGAGACCUUUGGGAACAACGAAGGAAACUGCCAUUAAAAUAAUUCACUAAGACAAAUAUACGUUUAAUGUGUAUUAUGAACCACUGGUUAGUACUUGUGUAAAAGUACCUUAAACAGAUUUACUUAAUUAUCCUGCCUCUUCAAAAACAAAACAACCCUCCACUGCCACCACUUUGCAAUAUAUAUCUUGACAAUCAGAGUGGCAGUGGUUUGUAUUAGCUCUGUCUCAUCUUUAAGGGAAUUUUUUUUCCUAACCAAAAAUAAUAAAUUCAAUAUGCAUGAAAUUUAGAUAUGCACACCGAUGAAGUAAUGUUACUAAGAAAAGCCAGGAAAUCCAGAGUAUCGAGGGAAGAAGGUUGCCCUAGAAAUGCACACUCUCUGUUCCCGUUAUCACCAGCAGGAGUUGCAUGUGCAUGUCAAAUAAAGAAUGGAGCUGGUGAUUUCUUCUUGUGUGUUUUGGCAUUACUACUUUAACACUGUUGUUUUCAUGUAUUUUUGGAUGAUGUGGUCUGUAUGUACGGAAUGAGCUGUAAAAGGCUCAGUAACUUAGUCCUUAGACAUGACUGGAACUAAACUACAAUAAUAUCUGCUCCUGACCUCUUUUGAGGGACUUCAGCUUUGAGAAUGUGACCUCACUCAAUAAUAAAACCUAGUCAGAUGUCGGAAUAAUAUACGUACAAAUAUUUUCAUUAAGGAAUGACUUAAAAUAAGAAUUUUCUCUCUGCCUCCUUAAACUUUUAAGGGAUAUCUUGAUUCCCUCCUUAGCUUCCCACCCCACAUCUUGUGUCCCAGAGCAACAAUCGUGCAGCCUGUUAGCUGUUCUAGGGCGCAAGCAGGCCUGCUUUCUAAAGUAAAGUGUUUGAAUGUUAAGCUUGUCUGGAUGGAUGAACAUUCACAGGUGCACUAUAGUCACCCUGUGUAACAGCUACUAAAUGUCAUCUGUAUUCUGAGGAAUAUUUUCCCUGAGUAGAUUAUAUGGAAGAAACCUCUUCUGAAGAAGUUUUAAGUGAACCCACAUUAGGGAUUUUGGCAAAUAUGUAGCUAGGUUUAAAUAGAUGUGAAUCUAAUUUUGUCUUAAUACAAUCAAUGUUCUGGCAUCUCAGUGAAAGAGAACAAAAUAGAAGUAAGGUUCUAACAAUUCAGAUGAAAAAUAUGCAUUUUCAAGUAACUUGUUAUAUGCUAAGCUUCUAGAUCUUUGUCCAGACCAGUUAAGCUUCAGCCAGAUAAUUGCAUGUAACCAGUAUAGUUACUAGCUGCCUUGCUUUUUAGCAGAAAGGGAGAGCUGUAGAAUACUGUUUUGUUGCAUAUGGGAAAUGAGCAACACUCCCCCUCCUUCUUCUGAGCCUAUGCACCUGCUGCCUGCUACAGUUUAAUUUCUGGCCACGCCUGUAUUCACAGAAAAGUUGCCCCAUCAUUAUUUUGCUAGAUCAGCCCAGUGUUUGGACCUGAAUGAUUUAUUUUUCCUUCUCUGGAUGCAUUGCUUCCAUGUUUCAAACAUGCAUGCUGUAUUUUAAAAAAAAAUCUCAGUUGUUGGAGAAUAAUGACAUUUAUCACCUUCGCUUUAAAGCCAAAAGUUGUUUGAAAUUGGGGAAAGCUCUAAGCUUUGUAAAUGUAGUAUUCAUGGCUUUUAGACUUCUCAGCUAUUUUUUCAUACCAUGAGACUCAGAUUUCCCAAAUCCCAACAUGGAUGAACAGUUCUGCUUUAUUAUUCUAUAUUGAAUUCAGAAGUGUUGUAAUUAAAGUGAAAUGAUAGGAAAUUUCAUUUGUUAACAAAAUGUAGGUUCUAUCAUUUCAGGUCAUCUUCAGCACUCUUGUGACAAUGGAACUCUUUUCAGGGGCUCAGCACACACUAUGACCACUAAACUUCCCACAUUUAAAUGCCACUUGUGACUGCAAUGUUUGUAAAUGGCCUGUGUCUUGAUAAUCCAUAAAUCUGUUAUUGGGUAUCUGAAAGUUGUUGGAGAUGAGGAUUAAUGGAGGUCAGUUCUGGAAAAUAUAUGUAAUUCAUUCACUUCCACUUACCUCUGCUAAGAGCCAAAGUUUGAUUACUCUUAGCACACAGAGGACACCAGAAGACAUUGGCUGAAUGAGAUUUUGAACUGCUGUUGCACAGUACUUGUAAGGCUGUGAUAUCCUGUUUAUGGAUAUAACAAAUCAGUUACUGAUCUAGCUAACUAUACAAGAAUACAGAAAUGUUUGUUCUAUUAAACCAUUGUUUUGAAUACCCCGGAAAUCAGUGUAGCGGUUUAAAUGCCAGAUACUUGUACAGAAGAACAUGUGGUCAAGCCUUGCACUGUUGUCCAAGAGAAUGUGCUAUGUAUCAGUCCCUCUGUCGAGGCAGAGGGAGGGGAUAUUUUCAGGUACUUGUCAUUCUAAACAUUUGUUCAGUGCAUUCUCUUUCUUCUGACAGAGGUAUCUUAUGUAUGAAGGAUGUGGCAAAAUACUCCAUGCACUUUUAACUUGAAAACAUUGUCACAUGCUUCUCCUGCUGCUGGUGCAGAACUAUGAAGCAAUGUCUUUAGUUCUUUUUAAAGAUAGGUUAAGACUUAUGAAAUGACACAUUAAAACACUUUUGCUCAAAAAGAUCUAAUCUGAAUAAUCAUUCAUUUUAAUUUCCUUGCCUUUAAUAAAGACUGAUUUCUGGGAUCAUGUUACUAUACUCUUGAAAUGCAAUGAACAUUAGUGAUCUAGUGCUGCUCCUUGUCUGUUGGAGGGUUGUUCAGACUGGGAGAUGAUUCCUGUUGUGAACUUCGUAGAAAUCCGUGGGGAAACUGCAUCGGUUCCUUCGUAUAGCGGUGAUAGGUCUUGGAAUAGGUCCAGCAAUGCACUGUGUGCUCCUAAUUGAAGGACCUGGGUUUGAACAUAUUCUCUGAAGUGGCCACUGCAUGCUUGCAUUCAGACAGAUGAAGAUGCAGUAUAGCAGGUCACUGAUGCUAACCAAACUGGGGAAAGUCCAUCUGCAAAUAUUGAACGUGGCUGAGUAGUAAUGUUUCACCCACUAAGCGCUGCCUUAUAUGCUCAUCGGACUGACUGUGCUUGACAGUGACUUCUUCAAAACUCUGCUUCAGAAUCGAGUUAGUGGUGCUUCAUGAAUGUUUAAAGAAGGCUCUUCUGCAGAAGAGGCAGCAGAUGCUCCUAAAAUGACAGACUGGUUUGAAUGUUGGUUAUUUAAAAUUCUUCAGACACACAUUGGCGGAAGGAGAGAGAUGAAUCUACAAAUAUGUAAUAAACUCUUAAAAUGUUACUACAGAUAUUAAACUUAAUGUAGAUGGGGUUGUGUGAAAGUGUUAAGGCAAGAGAGGCCAAGUGUGAAGAUCCCUAGCAUCUAACCACAAGUAGCAGACAUUCCAAAACUUAAGGAUUGCAAAUAUGGCCCAGUUGGAGUGCCUUUUUUAAUCAUUAUUUUUCCAAGAUGGAGGAACUGUUUGUGCGAGAAUUCUCUCUGCUGGUCUUGAAUUGUAAUAUUUGUUAGCAUCAUCCAUCCAAGGGUAUUCAGCACCUUGCACAAUUAGGGCUAAAACAUGCACACUCCUUGACUCUAGGUUUGAAGAGUAAGGAGUUAGAAUUAUCAUAGUCUGCUACAGUGAAGGCUGCUGGCCUAAUGCAGGAAGACAUUAGAUCAAAGUUUGAGUCUUCAUCAUAAACUCAUUCAGAUUUUGUAACCACACAGAACUGGCACAUGAUUUGCAAGCAGAAAAAGUACCAAGGAAACAAACCAUGUAACUGGGGAGGUGACAAGUUGAAGGUAGUGAGAGGAUUUUGGGUAGGGGAGGGAGAAGUAGUGAAGGGAAGUAGUGAAAACUAUAUUGGUCAGUUCUUAAGGUGGUCAUAAUCUGGGAGCAGCAGCUUUGGUAAAACAGUGCUUAAAGUGUACUCCUCAGCAACAGAGCUAGAUGUAAUAAAUAAAUUGGUAGGUCUGUGACCCUCUCCCCUCCCCCCCCCCCCGCCUCUUUAAGCACUGGUUUUGCUUUUGAGUAUGUAUCUAACAAUUCAAGUGCAAGUUGGGAUGUCAUGAGGAAUGCAUCAGUGGCUACAUAGAUUCUAAAAUGUUCCUAGUCUGUCCAUCUCAAAUUGGCCAAGUAUAGCUUCUCUGACCUCCACUGUGCUUCAGGUACACAUGGAAGCAAAACAAAUGGAUUCAGGACAUGUUACAGCACUUCGUAAAGUGACAUGUUACAGAGGAACAUAAGAAUAUCCAUAUUGGCUUAGACCUAUGGUCCACCUAGUUCAGUAUUCUGUCUCCAACAGCAGCCGUAUCAAAUUGAGUUAGGCAUCAAGAGGCACUGGCAUUUCCAUUUGCCAAACUAGAUUAUGCCCUUUCAUAUAGAAGACCUCCCGCACAUGCUAACUCAGACUAUUCUGAUGUGUGCAAGCAUUGCACUGUAGUGUUGCACUGUGUUUAAGGUAGGUAAAACUGUUUUUUGGAAUGUCAUUGAGCAAGAGGAAUAAGAGUGAGAGUCUGAGACAGUCACUGCCCCUAGAUAAGAAUCUAACCUGUUAGCCCAGUGGAAUAUGCCCGGCAAGGGGCUAUUUAUCCAAGACACUGAAAUACAUGGAGUAUUAACUAUGGAUUAAGCAUUUUAAUGUUAACCAUAGUGGUAGUGCAUAUUAAGUGGGCUUAGUAAAUGGCUACAUCUGUGAACAUAUUGGACCUGAAUCUGAGAUGCACUAGGCAACUCCCAUUUAAGUUCGGCUGGUGCUCAGAACUUCAGCGUGAGACCUAUUGUUUGUAUAACAGCCCCUUAAAAGCUCUUAGUAAAUACAUUGUUGUAGAAAUUAUGGGUUUUAGUUUUUAAACGACAGUAACACACCAAUUUGCCUCCCUAGUGGCUAUAAGAAGUAUUUGUUCCGUUUUUGUAUAAAUGUGUCACACUAUGGCUGGUGAUUGAUCUGGAGCAAUGAUUAAUAGGUUUAUCAGAAUUAGGCCAUAAUUAAGGUCACACAUUUGUAAAGUGACAUGCAGUAAUAUAAUAGGACAGGCUUUCAAAACAGCAACAGGAUGAUCUCGUGUGUCAUGGCUGUUUGAGCAUCUGCUCUGACCUAUUUAUAUAUAUUAGGCUCAUUAAUAUAAAUCAUAGAAUGUAGCAGUUUUGCAGAUGUGGAGGAUUUUGUAUGCAACCUUCUGGGGAAAAAAUGCAGUUUUCCCAUCCUCUGUGCACAUAAACUGCUGUCUCUGAGGAUUUGGGUCCAACAGGCUGAAAACUAGAGCAGCUACUUGUACAAGUGACAUGACUGCCUUUAAAAAAAAAAUUGGUUUCAUCUUAACUUUCUUCAUUUACCAUUUUCCAUUUGACUUGCACUUAAAUGAGAAGUUGAAGGUAACUUGAUAGUUUGAAACAUGAUCUUACAAUGUAGCUUCUGUAAAUUGCUUUUAAUGUAUCCUCUGCAGAGAUGCCUUUUUGUAACCUCUUUAGGAUACUUGGUCCAUUGCAACAGAUUUCCCUACAGGUGAUGAAUACUUCUCACUCUAGUAAUAAAGAACUGUCCCAAAAUUAUGAUAAACAAUGUAUUGAUACUCUCAAAGAUCUGCACUUAAAGUAUGAACCUACCAAGUAAUACGUUGAAAUGAUGCUCCUGAUGACAGCUAACCAAUUUGCAGGCAUAAUUUAGUCUAUUCUAUAUAUUUUGAGCAUAGCUCUAAAUUUGACUGAAGAAGGUCUUCAUUGGAGCAUGCUCAUGACCAUGCACUUUUACCCGCCUGGGGCAGCAAGUUGAUAGUUCUAUAGGCCUGGAGCAUCACAAUUCCACCUGUUCUGCAGGGUGAAAUCCUUUGAAUAACACUUGAGCUGUGGAUUUUAAGUUUUAAAUCUUCUUUCACUUCAGCUGAAAUCUUAAAAGUUCCAGGGCAGUAUGGGUGGCUAUUUGAGGGAUCAAAGCAUUUAGUAGAUUUUAUGUGGCAGGCUGAUGGGAAGGAUAUUUACCCACAUGCUUUGGGGCAGCACUUUUUUUUUUCAAUUUGAUUUCUUGCUGGAAAAUCUAACUGAAAUUGCUGGGGUAUGAGAGACGGAUGCAAGACAUAUCUGGAGUGGAGGUGGAGUGUAUGGUCUUCCUAAUAUGGAAACCUUGAGGUUGAAUUUACCAUUUACCCCUUUUAGAAGGGGUAACAAAUCCCAGAUUUGUAACAUAAACCUGCUCCUGAAAAGGCUAAAGAGUAUUCUAAGAUGUUUAGGGUAUAGUGCACACCUCCUUUUGUGUAAUGCAAUACAGCUUGGCCUGCAGCUAUUUUUUUGCAUUCCCACACUAUUCCCUUCUGUCAGCACCACUGUUGAUUACAACCUAUGGUACACGAAAAACUUUUUGAAGCCAUUUCAGAUGAAUGGUAUUGAGUAAUGGAAAAUGUUGUUACAAAUGUAUAUUUGUGUGCUUAAAGGUAGCAUUUACUAAGAUAGAUAUUGUGCUGCAGUGUUGUAUCUGCUUAUUUUCAUGUAAUGUCAUGAGUUAAUUUUUAUAAAGUAAUGAUUGUGGUAGGCCAAUAAACAUAUAGGCCAUUUUUAAAGCA